CUUUUGUGCUCCGCCCAGUCGGGGGUCGAGGGAUGGUCGUCGCCUGCUUAAAGGCGCUUAAAGGCCGCUCCUCUGCGAGCGAGGGCGACUAGAGCUCUCCUCCACCAGGCACUAUGGACCCUGCUACGCCCCUGCCGCUGUGGCUUCUGCCUCUGCUUCUGGUGGGCUCCGCUCGCGGUCUCGCUUCAGCAUUCGCCCAAGGGAGUAAUUUAGAGAUCUGCCUCUUGCCCUUGGAGAAGGGACCUUGUCGGGCCCUCAUCCCCAGGUUCUACUAUGAUAGGAACAAGCAGACAUGCCGAGAAUUCAAGUACGGAGGCUGCCUGGGCAACGCAAACAAUUUCCACAGUCAGAAACUCUGUGAACACACUUGCGGAAAUAUCGAGAAAGUUCCUAUGGUUUGUCGGUUAGAACUCCAAACGUAUCCAUGUGGUAAACCCAACGUGCAGUAUUUCUUCAACCUGAAUACCAUGACAUGUGAAGCCCUUCAGCCUGAUCUGUGUAGCACAACUCUGAACAUAUUCCCUGAUGAAGAGACUUGUAAGAAAUUCUGUGAACCAAGGAAAUUUCCAUCAUUUUGCUCCAGUCCAAAAGAUGAAGGCCUUUGUGCUGCCAAUGUGACACGCUAUUAUUAUAAUUCAAGAAACAAGGCCUGUGAAACCUUCACCUACACUGGCUGUGGUGGGAAUGAAAAUAACUUUUAUUACCUGGAUGAUUGCGACCGUGCUUGCAUUAAAGGCUCAAAGAAGUCAAAGAAAAGGAAGACGGGAAGUGGUUUCAGAAUCAGAAGAAAGCCCAGACACUGAGAACCAUGUUUCUAAGCAUUCUUACACUUGAGGAGGCAAAUCAUUAGUCAUUUGCUCAUAUGAUUUUACUGAUGUGCUACUUUUGUUAGCCUGUGUACUUUUAUUCAUAACAAACAGCUUUCCAAAUGUGAAAUACACUUUUUAUUGUACUACUCAAAUGUUUAAGUGACUGAAUCCUUUCAGUUAUCAAAUAUAAAUGUGAACAUGAUUCACCAAAUUCUUGGGGUGGUUAGCCCUACCUUCAGAAGACAGUGGUUGCUAAAGUUACAUAAGACAAUAUAAUUGUGGAGUUUUAACGUAUAUGAGAAUCAACAAUAAUAGCAAAAAUAUUUCUUUGCAAACUUCAAUGUUUGGAUUAUAUUUUAGGCUACAAGAGACAAGUUACUGAUUUAUGAACACUUUAAACAAUCAGUCUAAUAUUAUUACUUAUACCUUGUCAAGUGUACUUCCAUUCCAACCUUGUCAUAUUACAAUAUGAUUAUGAAGGGCAGUUAUUUCAAACUUAUAAUUAUUAUUGGAUGUAUUAAAAAUGUGGGUGAACUUAUGAAAACAUAAACAUUUUCCUAGAAAAAAUCAUUACAUAUGCAAUUAUAUGACUGUUUAUUUUUCCAUACCUGACAAGCUACCUAUCUUUUUGACAAUGUGUGUUGGAUUAUUUCCUCAGACAAAAUGUUUUAGAGAACAAUGACAUUACCAGAUCCUGUGUACCUGUAAGAUGCAUGUAUGAUUUGGUAACUUGAAUUUCACAAAUAAAUUAUUUGUAAAAGUUGUUAUUAUAA